ACGCAACGAAGGUAGACGAUCUGUCCAGAUUGGUGCGCUAUCGGUCGGGCAGUUGAAAUUACACAAUCCUAGAGUCUGAUUUACAUAAGACCGACCCAUCACAAACCAGGAAGCAUCUGGAAACGUUAGGAUAAUUGUGCAAUCACUAGUUGCGCAAGUUGAUGAUCCUUCAUUGCCCCAAAGUGACUAUCGGGAAAGUGCUACAAAGUGUCGACUCCUUCAGCUGUGCAAUACUGAAAAUGUGGAUACAUUAUGAAAACCAGUUGAAAAUAUAGGAAUGAAAAACAAGUUUUCCCAGAAAUUUGGUAAUGUUUUGUGUGCAAAAAGGAGUUAAUCUUAAAAAUUAGAAAUACAAAUCGGAAUGUUGAGGUGUUUCCACUUGUGAUUUAAAAAUACAGUGUAUCGUGAAUAAAAUAUUGAUGACGAAGUGAUUUUGUGCGACGAUGAGAUGGUCGAAAAACAUAAACUUUUUGAAUUGUGGUUAACGGCUUGGCGCAAGAAAAUUCUUUAUAUAUUGACUUUGGGAUAAGAGUCGGUUUUAUUUUCUCACACGGAGCUAGGAAAUACGUAAAUUAUAAAUUAGGGGAAAGCUUACGAUGCGUAAAAAGCAAAAAUUGCUACCGGGGGUGUCGGACAUCGCCGUUAUAUUACUGUUCGCCAGAUUGGUACUAGUAUUAGGACAAACUACCUGCAACAAUGGCCAGGGCCGAGUUCUGUAUGAAAGACUGCCAAACCAACAGCUGCAAGGCUUCGACGACGACGUAGUGCGAGAUUCAGCGCCGCCAUUUCGAGUAUUGGAAAAAUGCCAGGAUCUCUGUCUAAGAGAUCGCACAGCAUCUACGAAUUUGGGACGUGCUUGCACAAGCUUCGAUUUCCAGCCAGGAAGUAGGAUAGCUUCUUUUAGUGGCAGUGCAGAGUAUGAAGAAUCCACGUGUUACCUGACACGUGAACAGGCGGCUCCAGAGGGCAUUGGCAAUCUGAUGCUGGUCCCGAACAGCGUUCACUUCACAGAAGUUUGCCUGUCAUCCAGUAGACCAGAUCGCGAAUGUCCCAGCCGUCGAUAUGUGUUUGAAAGGCAUCCUCGCAAGAAAUUGAAGUUACCGGUUUCUGACAUCAAGGAAGUAACGGCCGCUAAUCGUUCGGAUUGUGAGGACAAAUGUCUGAACGAGUUCUCAUUCGUGUGUCGAUCGGCCAAUUACGAUUCAUCGCUGAGGAGCUGUUCCAUGAGUAGGUUCACACGGCGAACGCAUCCGGAACUAUUGGAAGAUGAUCCGAACUCAGACUAUUUAGAAAAUACCUGCCUCAAUGCAGAACGACGUUGUGACGGGCUAGUUGUCUAUGUUAAAGAAGAAAACAAGCGCCUUGGAGGGCCUUUCGAAGUAGAGAUUUUUAACAACAUGACUCUGGAAGAGUGUCAAUCUCUUUGUUUGAGAGCAGAAAAGUACUUCUGUCGCUCCAUAGAGUUUGAUGAUCAGACAAAACAGUGUAUUCUCUCGGAGGAAGACUCCGUUUCACAGAAGGAUGAUCUCAGCAUUAGUUCUAGUCCAACACAUCAUUUCUACGACUUGGUUUGCCUGGACAAUCAGCGCGGAUCCGACUAUCCGGAUAACUCCGUAACAUCACACUUGUUCGCUAGCGGCAGACGACCGGAUACUGCCUUUCAGCGGUAUCGAAACUCUAGAUUAGGUGGAGAGUUCCAUUCGGAAAUAACUGGCAGGUCGUUGAGUGAGUGUCUGGACGAGUGCCUCCGGCAAACCAGCUUCCAGUGCCGCUCGGCAGUGUAUAGCGAUCGCUUUCGAACCUGCCGUCUCAGUCGAUACAAUCAGCGCGAUGGAAUGCGCAUCAUUUACGAUGCCGAUUAUGAUUACUAUGAAAACCUUAUGCCACAUUUAGUUGGAGGCGACUCGGAUUCAUCCAAUGGGCGGCCGGACCCGACGGAUUGGAGACCCCCGUAUGGAGACAGAGAUCGUGACCGGAUUCCAGACGAUCGCAUUCCGGGGCGGUUCCCACCUGGCGAUCGAUAUCCUCCGGGAAUGAGACCUGAUUUCGGUGGCGAACCAUUUCCGGGUGACCGAUACCCAGGGCCAACAGACCGAUAUCCUGGGCCAACAGAUCGUUACCCAUUGGGCCCAGGAACUGAUCGCUAUCCGCAAGACUUCGACAGUAGAUAUCCCCCGGUAUACGACAACAGAUUCCCGGGAGAUAGAUACGGACCCACAGAUCGGUAUCCGGAUCGAGAACCAGACUCGUACCCUGGGGGUCCCCCGAUACGCUAUCCUCCCGAUUCCAGAUACCCCUCAGAUCCCAGAUUCCCCCCCACACCUGAUUCGAGAUAUCCACCUGAUUCAAGGUACCCUCCCGAUUCCCGAUAUCCUCCGGAUUCCAGAUAUCCUCCAGACUCACGAUAUCCUCCAGACAUGAGGUAUCCUCCACCUACGCCUGAUUCUAGAUAUCCUCCCCAGAGACCUGAUUCUCGCUAUCCAACUGGGCCACAACCUUUACCUGAUUCACGCUAUCCCACGGGCACAAGAUAUCCUCCAUAUGGUCCCCAAAUGUAUCCCGACUACCAACCGGGUUACUCUCCCCCAAGAACGCCUCCCAAUCGUGGUUAUACCACCGAUCGUUACCCUGCUCCAUUGAUGCCAGUUGAUAGCAAUCGCUAUCCUCCGCCCGAAACACGAUAUCCUAUGGAACCAAUACCAGCACAAGGACGAUACCCCACAUCUUCAUUCCAUAGCUACCCAAAUCGGCGUCCUGGUUAUGGGCCAAUGAUGCCACCAUAUGAUCGCGGGUAUAUGGACGAUCGAUACUAUCCACCGUCUGGAGCGGGACGUAUCCCACCCCCAAUGCCGCUACCGGCAUUCCCCGACCGGGAUCGUGGAUACCGUCGACCGGGAAUGCACGAUGGUGUAGGCUAUCCCUUUGAAAUUCCGUUCGGACCAUCAAGCUCUGGGUAUGAUAAUACACUAGGCGGAGGAGAUGGAUUCGGAGGUUUUGGACCUCAGCGGCCAUACGAAACACGUUGCGAUGGAUCAGACAGUUUCAAGCAGAUGGCCUCGAAGCGUAAAAUGCGUAAGCAAUACAUUAGACGAGUCAUUAGUGCCCCAUCGCUUGGCAUCUGUCAGCAGGAGUGCGUCGCUGCCCGAGACUUUAUGUGUAGAAGCUUCAACUACCGAGAUUCGGCACCAUAUGAAACUGAAGGAAAUUGCGAACUGAGCGAUAGGGACUCGCGCGAACUGGAUAUACCGAGCAGCCAAAUGUUCGAGGCGGACAACUCCGAUUACUACGAAAGGUCUGCCGGACGCGGGGGCCCGGAUGAAUGUUUAGAUGUGGGACAGCUUUGCAACGAAGAUGGAAUGGAGUUCACCCUGAGGACACCAGAAGGAUACUACGGUAGAAUUUACGCGUACGGUUUCUACGAUCGGUGCUUCUUCCGGGGUAACGGAGGCACAGUCAAUGUACUGAGAAUAAGUGGCCCACAUGGUUAUCCCGAAUGCGGAACACAAAGGUAUGGAGACACCAUGACCAACAUUAUUGUGGUGCAGUUUUCGGAUAACGUUCAAACGAGUAGAGACAAACGGUUUAACUUGACGUGUAUGUUCCGCGGUCCUGGCGAAGCAGUCGUCACUUCCGGAUAUAUUGGAGCAGGAUCUGGAAGUCCCAUUCCGAUUGAAUAUCUGCCGGCGGAAAAUUCGAUGAGCAACAAGGUCCGUCUGAUGAUAUUGUAUCAGGGUCGACCUACGACUACAAUUGCUGUUGGCGAUCCGCUCACGUUCAGAUUGGAAUCACAAGACGGAUAUAGCCACUCGACGGACAUUUUCGCCACUAAUGUUGUAGCUAGAGAUCCUUAUUCUGGAAGAAGCGUUCAGCUGAUUGACAAUUAUGGAUGCCCAGUUGAUAGCAACGUAUUCCCAGAGCUUGGAAGAUCGCGUGAGGCGGAUGCUCUAGAGGCAAGAUUCAAUGCGUUCAAGAUUCCGGAAUCGAACUUCUUAGUGUUCGAGGCAACAGUGCGAACCUGUCGGGGAGGAUGUCAACCGGCUUAUUGCCCUGGACCCAGCGGUAGAUCGGAACCAUCAUUUGGAAGACGUAAACGCUCUGUUUCUGAGGAAAGCCCAUCGGAAAUGGACGGAACUGCGGAAUCCUUGAUCGGAGAAGACAUUGAUGAGGAUGAAGAUAUAUCCAUUGUUAAUGGGACAGUUACGCAUGAAAGUAAAGUUCGAAGAAACGGUACUUUCAGUAGUGAGGACAUCAAUCCCAACAACAUUGAUCCAAACAGCAAUGAAAUGGCUGAACAAGUUCGAGAAAUGAUUGAGUCUCGCGCUUUUCAUACUCUGCAGGUCUUCCAGACCCGAGAAGAAAUGCAACAAGACACUGUAGCCAGGAAGAUGGUAGCGCCUCAAGAAUCUGUUUGCUUAACGCACUCCGAAUACUAUGGCCUUUUGAGUACACUCAUUUUACUCAUGGUACUGCUGAUCGGCAUAACCUUCGCAUCAGGUUUAGCUUACAGACGUUACUGGAAGGUGUUCAUGAAGAACAGAUCACUCGAUCGGACAUCUCCAAUCAACUCCUUUACGCCAUCUGCCCUUCACAAUUCUUCCGAAAGUCAAUUCAACGUAUCAGGUAGAAUUCAUUCCACUUCAUCAAGAGGCGAACGAAACCUGCGAUCACCAGGUUUGUCACUUUUCGGAACUGGACUUCAAAAAACCUUUGCCACUGGUAACUUGUCAAGGAUGUGUCAAAUUCCGGUCAUGAAUCCGAUUUCACGAAAUGGAGCCAACAAAGGUGAUUUCGAUGACCCAAGCGAACCAAUCUACACUGAUCCUUCACUCUUCGAGCGUUCUAGACUCUAAAACCAUUUGAACCCCUUUUUUAGAUCGCUGCGCAGUAUCGCUGUUGAUCAAACUGACUCCAACAAUGUUUAAGGCUAAAGAAAUGGAUUAUGACUGGAUAAAAAAAAAUCAACAAAUCACACAAACACACACACACUAAUCUGUAAAAAUGAAUAACACACAAAAGCUCAUAAAUAUAAGUACUGUGAUGACUAAAGUAGCUAGAGUCAGGAUGCAGUAAAGCUGCAUCUAGUUAAGACCCGAUUUGCAUAAUGUGAAUACACUUUUCCGGUGAUGUAAAAGAAUGUCAUCUCUUCGAAACAGUUCGAUACCAAAGAUUGAUUGAUCCAAUGAUUUGACUUUGGGUGUCUGUACAGUCGUCAAAUCUCUUCUUAAUUUAUUCGUGCUAGUACGUAGGUAGAAUGUAGUUACAGAAAAACUUAGCGUUAAGAAUGUCCACUUGAAAACAGAAACUAUUUAAUGGCAAGAGACCAUAACGUACUAAAAGAAGGAACAAAAUAUUAUGACUUAGGAAUGAUUAACCGUCACCGCACAUUUGAAAAUCAACAUAUCAAAUGUGAACUGUGUGACUGUGAAGGUAGCUUACCUCUUCGUGAAACUUUUCUAAAAAUAUGUAAACAAAAUACUACAAAUAAUUAAUAUAUGAG